AUGAAGGUACAUAUGCACACAAAAUUUUGCCUCAUUUGUUUGCUGACAUUUAUUUUCCAUCAUUGCAACCAUUGCCAUGAAGAGCAUGAACAUGGCCCUGAAGAGCAUCGUGGAAUGUCAGAAUUGGAGCCAAGCAAAUUUUCAGUGCUGGAUGCUAAAAACGAGAAAAAAUAUUAUAUUGAAAAACUUUUUGACCGUUAUGGUGAAAAUGGAAGAUUAUCCUUUUUUGGUCUGGAGAAACUUUUAACAAACUUGGGCCUUGGAGAGAUAAAAGUAGUCGAGAUUAAUCAUGAGGAUCUUGGCCACGAUCAUGUUUCUCACUUAGAUAUUUUGGCAGUUCAAGAGGGAAAGCAUUUUCACUCACACAACCACCAGCAUUCCCAUAAUCAUUUAAAUUCAGAGAAUCAGACUGUGACCAGUGUAUCAACAAAAAGAAACCAUAAGUGUGAUCCAGAGAAAGAGACAAUUGAAGUAUCUGUAAAAUCUGGUGAUAAACGUAUUCAUGACCGUAAUCAUCACUUACAUAAUCAUCAUUUGCAUCAUCACCUUGAUCAUAAUGCUACUCGUCAUUUUCAUAAUGAUUCUAUUACUCAGAGUGACCGUGGGGAGUCUAGCCAUGAACCAUCAACAAAGACCAAUACUACACAGGAACAAGCUGAAAUUAAGCCACCAAAACAAAAUAAGAAAAGAAAAGAGAAGAAAAAUAAUGUAAAUUUUGAGGUUAUUACACCAGGUUUUCCCCCUAACCAUGGUCGGGGUGAACAUAAUCGGGUCCACAAGCUUGAUCAUGUACAUAACCAAGGUCGUUCUCAUGUACAUCUUCCAGAACAUAAUGGUCACGGUCCUGGUCAUGGACACCAAGAUCUCAAAUCUGAUAAUGAAGGUGAACUUCGACAUAUUAGAAAGCGAGAAGCACCGCAUGUUAAAAAAAGUGCAAUUUAUUCAGCUGCUGGUCACAAAGAUCAUAAUGAAGAUGACCGUCAGCAUGAUGAGUGUUUGAACGUCACUCAGUUGUUAAGAUACUAUGGUCAUGGUGGCAACUCUCCAAUCUCACCUGAUCUAUUUACAUACAUUUGCCCUGCGUUGUUAUAUCAAAUUGACAGCAGAGUUUGUAUUGAGCAUUUUGACAAACUUUUAGUUGAAGAUUUAAAUAAGGAUAAAAAUCUGGUUCCUGAAGAUAAGGCAAAUAUAGGUGCAUCAGCAUGGAUUUGUGGUAUCAUUUCUAUCACUGUCAUUAGCCUGCUUUCCUUGCUAGGCGUGAUCUUGGUUCCUAUCAUUAACCAAGGAUGCUUCAAAUUCCUUCUCACAUUCCUUGUUGCACUAGCUGUAGGAACAAUGAGUGGAGAUGCCCUUCUUCAUCUACUGCCCCAUUCUCAGGGUGGGCAUGAUCACAGUCAUCAACAUGCACAUGGACAUGGACAUGGACAUUCUCACGGACAUGAGUCAAAGAAGUUUUUGGAAGAAUAUGAUGCUGUAUUGAAAGGACUUGUUGCUCUUGGAGGCAUUUAUUUGCUAUUUAUCAUUGAACACUGCAUUAGAAUGUUUAAGCACUACAAACAACAAAGAGGAAAGCAGAAAUGGUUUAUGAAGCAGAGCACAGAAGAAUCAACUAUUGGAAGGAAGCUUUCAGACCAUAAGUUAAAUAAUACACCAGAUGCUGACUGGCUUCAGCUCAAGCCCCUUGCCGGAACUGAUGACUCGGUUGUUUCUGAAGAUCGGCUUAAUGAAACUGAACUGACAGAUUUAGAAGGCCAACAAGAAUCCCCUCCUAAAAAUUACCUUUGUGUAGAAGAAGAGAAAAUCAUGGAUCAUUCUCACAGUGAUGGGUUACAUACCAUUCAUGAGCAUGAUCUCCAUGCUACUGCACAUAACCACCAUGAAGAGAGUAAAACUGUGCUGAGGAAACAUAAUCAUCAGUGGCACCACAAACAUUCUCAUCAUUCACAUGGUCCUUGUCAUUCUGGAUCAGAUCUGAAACAAACAGGAAUAGCAAAUAUAGCUUGGAUGGUAAUCAUGGGGGAUGGCAUCCACAACUUUAGUGAUGGAUUAGCGAUUGGAGCAGCUUUCAGUGCUGGAUUGACUGGAGGAAUAAGUACUUCUAUAGCGGUAUUCUGUCACGAGCUGCCACAUGAAUUAGGUGAUUUUGCAGUUCUUCUUAAAGCAGGCAUGACUGUCAAGCAAGCAAUUGUGUACAACCUUCUCUCUGCCAUGAUGGCUUACAUAGGCAUGCUGAUAGGCACAGCUGUUGGUCAGUAUGCCAAUAACAUCACACUCUGGAUCUUUGCAAUCACUGCAGGCAUGUUUCUCUACGUAGCAUUGGUGGAUAUGCUUCCAGAAAUGUUGCAUGGUGAUGGUGACAAUGAGGAACAUGGUUUUUGUCCAGUGGGGCAGUUCAUUCUUCAGAACUUGGGAUUGCUUCUUGGGUUUGCCAUCAUGCUGGUGAUUGCCCUCUAUGAAGACAAAAUUGUGCUUGACAUCCAGUUUUGACCAUUCCUAGUAAUCACUGUUGAUUAUGAGAAUGUCACCAUGCAGCUUUGCAUCUGCAUGUGUUCCUUGUACUGUAUGCACAUUGCUCAAAGAAAAAUCAGUGGCUUGCACUACUUACAAGUUCCAUAGAUUUGAGCCUAACCACAAAAGACUGGUGCUCAGUACUGUUUUCCCUGAGUGAAGAGGUCUUUUAAAAAUACAAAGCUUGUGAUAAAGCAAGGAGAAAAUGGGACUCCUUGAACCAAUGUUGAUGUAGGUUUGAUUAAGACUUUUUAAAAAAUAAUCAUAUAAAACACUAAAGUAGUCUUCUUUACUAGUAGAAACUUCUGUGGCUAUGCAGAAAUAGAAAUUGAACCAAAAAUCAUUUAAACUUUUAAAAUAUUUUAAAUGGACUUUGGGCAGACAUUUUUGUUUGUGCUAAGAAUGAACUGUGGUGCCCUUUAAUUCAGCUACAUAUAUAUCUAUGGUAAUAGGGAUCAACUUGACACAAGUUAGAAACAGCAUAAAGUAGACUAUAGGAACUAGGGGGAAAGCUCAGGCUGCAGUAGAGUAUGGAUUUAGCAUUGGGAAAAAGAAGCCCUAUUCUUAAAUCUAGAGUUACUAUUUUUGUACAUAUUUGCAUAGUGUUUAAACUUGCAGCCUAAACUACUGAAAAUUGUGAUUGUAUGUUGGUAUGUGCUUCAGUUUAAUGAAACAUUCAUAAUGGUUCUUUGUAUUAAUAUUAUACUCGGUGUUUGGGAUUUUUUUUUUAACUUUAAUUUUGUUUUUGUUUUGGAUUCGGGAGGGGAGGGUUGGAGCAUGUGGUAAAACUUUUUUUUUUUCCCUUAAAAGCAUAACCCUCUAGAAAAUAUAAGAGAAAUAAUGAACCCAAACAAGAUCUAAUACCCAGUUUUUCAACUUGAACAGUACUAACUAGUUAGUUGACUGGGACAUUUAAGUUCUGAAUGUAUGCAUUGCUUUACCAGUAUGGCACUGGAACCAAAGGCACAUGCUAAGGCUGACAGGUUGUAAAGCAGAAAAAUCCAAGUUUUUCAUGUCCAUAAUCUGUACAUGAAGUGGCAAUUAAAUAGUUACAAGGAUAAACUCCAUUGGUACCAUGGUUAUCAUGGUACUAGGUGACUUGGAAGAUACCCUUAAAUAACUAGGCUGAAAUCACUUAAUCAUUUUGUGCCAAGAUAUCUGUUGGUACCUGAUAGAGAUUAGUCUCUUUUUUAGGUGCCCUGUUCUACCAUAAUUGUGAAUGAUUUGUGAGAAGUGCAAGCCAUGUUUAUCCUGAAUUUUGACCUAAUAAUUUGUAGCACUAGUCAUAUGCAUGUAGCUUUCUGUUUAUAUAUUAUGCCACAUGGUCUUCAUUUAUGCCAGAUAAACCUGUAUUUGAACUAUGUGCAGCCAGCUUUGAUUUAGUCUGCUUGGCAACCAGUGUAAAACUGCUUUUAAAAAUCUUGUUGUUCAAAUAUUUAAGAGCCAAACCUUUUCCAUUCCAUUUAGUCCUCCUUCUCUCCCAGUUCCUUUCCUCUUACUGCACAAACUUCAAGACAAAAAAACAAAACUUCAAGAGCAGCACAUUUAUCCAGGUAGUAACAGAUUAUUGCCAGUGUUUCUUCUUUAAUGCUGUAAGCAAGGGAGCUUUGGUGUUAUUUCCUUAAUUUAUGCUUAAACUUGAAAAAAUUAUUUCUGGCUUUCUCCAUGGCCUCCUUGUGAUAAGUAGGAGUUUUACAGAUUAUUUCAGCAUUGGACACUGAAUUAGGACAGUCCUCAUCUCAUUGCUUGGCGCUUCAAGCAAUCUAGCUUAUGAGGUGCUGAUUAUUUUAUUUAGUACUGCCAACCUCAAGAGAUUCAAAUGUCUUGCUUUCUGAACCAAGGUAUUCAUUAUGGGUUUUUAUACCCAAGGAGGAUUCUGCAUUCCAGCAUUGUCUGCUUCAUUUAAAAAAUUUUAUGAAAAGCAACAGCUGGAAUGUACUCCCAGUCUUAAAAUAAAUGCCUGAUUUAAAGCAAAUGGGUUAUACUGAAGUAUAUAAAGUUUUAUAUUCUCUCAUAAACGGUAUUAUCUUUAUUUGCUAGAUUUUUUUUUUUUUUUUACUUUUUACGAGGGCUGUAACAGUUGCUGCUAGUAUUUUAUUAGGGUUCCACCAGUACUUAGUUUUCACAUAAUUCUAAUGUAUAGUUUUGAGUCUUACUAGACAAUCUGAAUUCCACUACAUUUCUGUUUGGCUCCAACAUUCCAUUUUAGCUUGACCAGUCUAAUUUAACUUGUGUUUGUUGGAGGUCAUUAAUGUUACUUGUACAUUGCUGUCACUGUGUGACAUCCAUAUGAAUUUUGGUGUAUAUCACAUUGCAUUCAAUCAGCUGUGAUUAUGCUUAGAAAUACUAUAGUAACUAGAUGCAGUGUGAAUUUUUUCCAUUAACAGUAAGUCAGUGGCUUAAAUGUGAUUAUGGUCCUGCAAGGUGAUACUUGCUAAAAUAUCUAAACUUUCUUUGUUGUAACUAAAUCAUUUUUUAUUAAACUUAUAAAGCUGGAAAUGAUCAAAUGCUGUUUUUUUUUUUUCCAUUGUCAACAGUAUUGUGUCAUUUUAUGUAUGUUCCUAAUACUUAUGGAACUCUCUCAAAAUAAAGUUAUUCAAAAAGA